AUGCCCCUCUACCAGCCCCCCGACGUCAACCGCAACGUCCUCUCCCAGUUCUCCCUCAAAGGCAAAGUCGCCGCCGUCACUGGUGGUGCCCGGGGUAUUGGGCUUGAGAUAGUGCGCGGCCUCGCUGAAGCCGGCGCAGACGUUGCCUUGAUCUACAGCAGCAAUGCCUCAGCUAGCGAGUCCGCCGCUGAAAUCGCCGCUGCCAACGGGGUCCGCGUCCAGGCGUAUCAAUCAGACGUCACAACGCGCAGCACCAUCGCCGCAACGAUGAACCAGGUGCUACAAUACUUUGGGGGGUUAGAUGUUGUCGUUGCAAACGCGGGAGUCUGCACCAACUGCCCGAAUCUAGAGUAUACCGAGGAGACGUGGAGGAGGGAUAAUGCGGUGAACUACGACGGGGUGAUGUGGACUGCGCAGGCCGCUGGGAAGAUCUUUAAAGAGAAGGGCAAGGGGAAUCUGAUCAUCACUGCGUCGGUUAGUGCCACGCUGGUGAAUAUCCCCCAGACGCAGGUGGCGUAUAAUGCGUCCAAGGCUGCGGCGGUGCAUCUGGCGAAGAGCUUAGCAGUGGAGUGGGCGGAUUUUGCUCGUGUCAACUGCAUUUCGCCUGGGUUUAUUCUGACGGAGAUGCUCACGCAGCAGCCGAAAGAGCUGUUUGACAAGUGGCUGUCGAUGAUUCCUGGCCGGAGAAUCUGUGAUCCUGCUGAGCUGAAAGGGGCUUAUGUAUUCCUGGCGAGCGAUGCAUGUUGCUAUAUGACGGGAGCGGACUUGAUUAUUGACGGGGGGUACACUCUGCCAUAG